AUGACGGCGGAGCGAGGAGCGGGCUUCCAGGCAUAUGCGCGCCUGCUCGAUGCACGCUUGUUACGUGCGCUUGCCGAUCUCAAGUAUAGCACACCGACACCCGUGCAGCGCGAGUCGCUCGAACACAGCUUAGGUGGCGUAGCACGAGACAUUCUCGCUCGUGCUCGCACAGGCAGUGGAAAAACACUCGCGUACGGGCUACCUGUGAUCCAAAAGAUCCUUGCAGAAAAGCAAGACAUCCCACGCUCAAGCACAGCCUAUGCAAAUACACGCGCGCUCGUGUUGGUGCCAUCACGAGAGCUGGCCGAACAGGCGACGCGCCAGCUUUCAGCCAUACUAACGUACUGCCGAGAUGUUGUGCAAGUGGCCAAUAUAGCGCGGUCCGUCAAGGCAUCCGUGCAGAAGCUCCUGCUUUCUGAAAAGCCGGACAUUGUUGUCGCAACGCCUUCACGAGCCCUGGCUUGUCUGCAGUCGGGUGACUUGGUUAUUCGUGAUUCACUGCAGUCUUUGGUAAUUGACGAGACUGACUUGGUGUUGUCGUAUGGAUACGAUGCAGACGUGAAGGCUAUACUGCACGAAGGCUUUUUAUCUCGCACACAUCAGACGUUUCUGAUGAGUGCCACACUUGAUGACGAUACAAAUGCAUUACGUGGUCUCAUGCUCAAGGAUCCCGUCGUGUUGCGCCUGGAGCAUGAUCCAACCACAGCUGCCAACCUAACGCAGUAUUACGUAUAUACGUCGGAACAAGACAAGUUCCUGCUCGUGUAUGUGAUUUUGAAGCUGCGCUUGAUUCGAGGCAAGUGCCUGUUGUUCGUCAAUGACAUUGACCGGUGCUAUCGACUCAAGCUCUUUCUCGAGCAAUUUGGCCUGCGAACAUGCGUGCUGAAUGAAGAGUUGCCAGUGAACAGUCGCUUUCACAUUGUCGAGGAGUUUAACAAGGGCAAGUACGAUUACAUUAUUGCCACGGAUGUGAAUGCUGCAGAACUAGAUCCUACACCAGCUAAAUCGUCUUCUUCAGCUUCUAGCAAGUCCCAGCGUAGCAAAGAGUUCAGUGUUUCCCGGGGUAUCGAUUUUGUCGCCGUCGCUUGUGUGAUCAAUUUUGACCUUCCCACAUCUACACGCGCCUAUACCCACCGCAUCGGACGUACUGCGCGUGCUGGCAACACUGGCACAGCCCUCAGCUUUAUCGUGCCGAGGAGCGAGUUUGGUCAAAAAAAGGCCAUUGGCUGCUCCACUUGCAAAUACGAUGAACAAGUGUGGGACCGCAUACUUGCAGACCAGAAAGCGCAUGGCUUGCAAAUCCAUCCGUGGAAUUAUGACCACACGCAAGUCGAUGCUUUUCGCUACCGCAUGGAGGAUGCUCUUCGCAGUGUGACAAAGGUGGCCAUCAAAGAAGCUCGAAUCCAAGAAAUCAAACAAGAGAUCCUGAACAGCGAGGCACUCAAGGCGCAUUUCGAGCAGAAUCCUCGCGACCUGGAAUACCUUCGUCAUGAUCGGGCGCUGCAUCCUGCUCGUGUCCAGGCCCACAUGAAGCAUGUGCCCAGCUACUUGCGCCCGCGCAUCGCUGCGAUUCCCGGCACAGCUCAACCUCCUACACCCAGCUAUGUGCCAAAAAACAAGCCCAGAAUCUCCAAGCAAAAGGGAAAAGGUUCGACUGGUGGGAGCAAGAGUGUGUCUCGCUCUAAAUCAGGCAGCAAGAAGAAAAACGAUCCUCUCAAAUCGUUCUCAUAG